AUUUCCCAGCAGCGCCAGCCUAGCCAGCAGCAGCAGCGACCUCACCUCCGACGCGUCUACUGAUUCCGCGUCCCUCCACCAUCCAACCCUUCCAGCCAUCAGCUCACAUCAUGAGUGUAAGUAGCCUCCAACUCCUCUAUUCCCCUCAGCUCAGAAAACUAACACCUCCCAUCCAGUUCGUACCAAUUAACCCCCGUCCGUUUCUCCAAAACCUGUAGGUAUUACCCUCAAUCCUCCUCUUACUCGAACUCCCAAUCAAGCUCCCAACACUCUCACUCCUGUCGCAAUCAUCCACAAGAACAAAUAAACUAAUCAACUCCAGCGUCAACGAAGAAGUAAUAAUCCGCCUCAAAUGGGGCGGCCAGACCGAAUAUAAAGGCAAGCUCGUCAGUAUCGACAGCUAUAUGAAUAUCCAAUUAUCCGGCGCUGAGGAAUGGAUUGAUUCUGAGAUGACGAGUACUUUGGGACAGGUAUUAAUCAGGUAUGUUCUUUUUUUCUUUGAUUUGUUUUUACAGAGCUCGAGGAGCUUUAGUUAUGUGCUUAGAAUGAAUGCGCUGGGAAAUGAAAACAGAAAUGCAAAAGAGCAUGGGAAAAUUCACAAGAGAAUCCCAAUGCGCAAAAACUAACAUGAAAUGUAGAUGUAACAAUGUCCUCUACAUAUCAGCCGCCCAACCCAAGAGAGAAGGAGAUGAUACGAAGAUGGAGGGAUGAAUUGGCGAAUCUGAAUCGCUGGCCAGCGGAUAGAUAGAUGGAUGUGGAAAUAUGGAAAAGUUAAGAGGAUAGGCAGAGUAAGAAAGGUCUAGAGGGAAAUUUGAUAGAUACCUAGGAUCGGGACACAAUAUGGAUGGAUUUAAGGAUCAUUGCAUGACAGGUGUGGUGUGAUGGCAGAGCGUGGGAUUAUCUCAAUUCCGUUGAGCAGGAAUGGCAGGGGAGGAGAAAGUUACCUAUACCUACAAAUGACAUAUUCACGGACGGCGUUGUUCAAAGAAAUGACAGCGAACUUGUGGUUCCAAGCUACAAAAAGAGUCACGGUACAUACAUUUUUCUUCAGAAACU